AUGAGCGGCUCUCCGCCCUCGCCCGCGGAGCCCCCGGCCGGCCAGGCCUGCGCGCUGGAGGGGCUGCCCCCGCUGCCCAAGGGGCUGAGCGGCAUCCUCAACUCCAGCGGCGGCUCGUGGCGCGAGAUCCAGAAGGUCUACAGCAAGAAGUCGCGCAUCCAGGACGACCUGCGCCGCGCCCAGGCAGCCGCCGCCGCCCCCGCCGGGGAGAAGCCGCCGCCGCCCCCGCGCCGCCCCCGGCCCGCCAACCUGGAUGCCGCGCUGGCCGUGCUGCGCAAGGAGAUGGUGGGGCUCCGACAACUGGACAUGUCCCUUCUUUGCCAACUCUGGUCUCUGUAUGAAUCCAUCCAGGAAUUCAAAAGCCUCUUCCAGGAUAUGUCAUCCUCGCUCCACUCGGAAGGCAGCCUGGCUGCCGAAAACGGCUUCUCCGAUGAGGAGGAAUAUUUCGACCUGGACCCGUUAAGUCCGGACGGGCACCGGGAACCACCUCCGGCCCAGCAACUGCGCUUCCUUCAACCCCAAAACUCCCGGGAUCAGUGGCUUAAGGACUCUUUCCAUAUUGCGAUCUGA